UUCUUUUGGUUGCAUAUGCUUCUGUUUAUGUGCUUUUGCAUUGGCCCUUCGACCGGUUUCAAUGCAACGGCUGCAAAGGCUAAUGUAGGAGUGGUUCUUGAUCUUGACACUACUCUUGGAAAGAUAUGCAAGACUUGCAUCUCUAUGGCGAUUGAAGAUUUCUACUCCAACCGCGAUUACAACACCAUGAUCGAGCCUCAUUUCAGAGACUCGAGGAGUGAUCUUGUCACUGCAGCUUCUGCAGCUAUAGAUUUGUUAAAGAAUGCUGAAGUGAUGGCGAUUAUCGGGCCUCAAAAAUCCUUUCAAGCAGAGUUCGUGAUAGAUAUUGGUGACAAGGUGGAAGUUCCAAUAAUAUCUCCAGCAACGAGCCCGUCCGUAUCGCCUAAAGACUCAUCAUACUUCAUAAGAUCAGCAUGGUGUUCCUCUUCUCAGGUCAGAGCAAUUGCAGCAAUUGUGAAGAAAUUCGGUUGGAGGGAGGUUGUUUUUGUGUACGAGGACACCAACUAUGGAAGCGGAUUAGUGCCGUAUUUGACUGUUGAUCUGCUAAAGAGCAAUGCUGUGGUCUCACACCAAAGUGUUAUUCCUGCUAAUGCAACAGAGGAUCGAAUCCGACAGGAGCUCUUCAAAUUGAUGAAGAUGAGGACGAGAGUGUUCGUGGUUCAUAUGCUGCCAGGUCUUGCAUCCCGUUUCUUCAACGUGGCGAAAGAAGCAGGGAUGAUGGACAAGGGGUAUGCUUGGUUAAUAGCUGACGUGCUCACGAGUCUCUUGGAUUCUAUGGAUCCACAGACUAUGGAGGCGAUGCAAGGUGUACUAGGCGUGAAGGCUUACGUUCCAGAAUCCGUUAAGCUUAUAGACUUUAAAAAGAGAUGGAGAAAGAGGUUUCACACAGAGAAUCCGGAGAUGAACAGAACAGAACUCAAUGUCCUUGGGCUGUGGGCUUAUGACAGCAUCGCAGUUUUGGCAGAGGCAAUUGAACGAGCUGGUGUGACAUCCCCGCAGUUCAAUAGAUCGGUUGAUAGUGGAAAUUUGACGGAUUUGGAUUCAAUAGGAACAUCAUUGGCUGGACCAUCACUUGUUGGUUGGAUCAGAAACCACACGUCCAAAGGGCUGAGUGGUGAUUUUAACAUAAGUAACGGUGAACUGCAACCGUCUGCAUUUGAGAUAGUUAAUGUGAAUGGCAAGAAAGAAAUCCCAGUUGGAUUCUGGACCGAACACUGUGGAAUCUCAAGGGAGCUUAAGCCAGAUGAUCAUCAAGAUAAUUGCUCGACCGGAAACACAAAUCUCGACCCCAUUGUGUGGCCAGGGAAAGAAACUAAAGUGCCUAAAGGGUGGGAAAUUGCUGUGAGUGGGGAAAAGUUUAGAGUUGGAAUUCCAGCAAAAACUAGUUUCAGGGAAUUCAGUGUAGUUGAAAAGAAUGAAGAAACAGGUGUCGUUGAAGCAAAGGGUUUCUGCAUUGAUGUUUUCGAAGCGGUAUGGGAAAAAAUCCCGUAUCAUGUCCCAGUUGAGUAUGUUCCAUACGAUACCACAGAUGGAGGUUAUAAUGAACUAUCUCAGAAAAUGGACGAAGAGAGACGACAACAGGGUCUUGAUGCAUUGGUGGGAGAUCUAACGGUCACAGCUAGCAGAUCCGAGCAUGUAGAUUUCACAGUUCCUUACACAGAAUCUGGAGUUGCCAUCCUUGUCCCAAUCAGGGCUAACGAGGGGAAGAAUGCUUGGAUAUUUAUGAAACCUCUAACAACCGGCCUUUGGCUAACCAUUGGCACGUUCUUUGUCUACACUGGAUUUGUCGUUUGGGUUCUUGAGCAUCGCGUAAAUAAAGCAUUCCAGGGUCCACCUAACCAGCAAGUUGGCAUGAUAUUUUGGUUCUCAUUCUCAACGCUUGUUUUUGCACACAGGGAGAAAGUGACGAGCAACUUGACAAGAUUUGUGGUGAUCAUAUGGGUGUUCGUGGUGCUGGUUUUGACGUCAAGUUACACUGCAAACUUGUCGUCCAUGCUAACAGUAUAUCAACUGCAGCCUAAAAUUAACGACGUGAAUGACCUGGUAAAGAAUGGAGAGUUUGUUGGAUAUCAAUUGGGCUCCUUUGUUAGAGGAUUCUUGACAAACAAUGGCAUUCUUCCGUCCUCAAGCCUGAAAAGCUACAGCACCGUGGAUCAAUUCCACGAAGCUCUCUCCAAAGGCAGCAGAAAUGGAGGAGUAGGCGCGGUUAUUGAUGAACUCCCUUACAUCAGGCUUCUCCUUUCAAAGCACUGCGACAAGUAUACCAUAAUCGGUCCGAUAUAUCCAACUUCUGGCCUUGGUUUCGCAUUUCCAAAGGGUUCGCCACUGGUUUUUGAUGUUUCACGCGAGAUCUUGAGGCUGAAAGAGGAUAAGGAUUUAAUGAUGAGGAUUACUAAGAAAUGGCUAGGAGAUGAAAAAGAAUGCCCCAACGCCGAUGGAGCUCUGAGCACCUCGCAGAGGCUCAAUCUAGACAGUUUUAAGGGGCUCUUCGUCAUUGCUGGGGUGUCAUCAACGCUAGCUCUGGCUAUAUUCUUGUCCCAUUUCUUGUAUGAGAAUCGGUAUGUAUUGGAAUCUACUGUUUCAAGGAAGGAAAAGCUUCUCGGGCUUGCUAGGAUUUUUUCGAGGGAGAAAGAUGAAUUGUUGUCACCAAAGGAAACACGAUGUCCUGACUGUGGAGUCGAACAGCAGCAAGUCCAGCCAUGAGCAUUCCAUGUGAACAAGAUCAAGAAGGGAUGGUUUCACAAGAUUAAGGACUCUCAACAGUAGAAAUCUCUGCUUAAUUGUACAGUCAUAUUGUAUAAAAUAUAAGUAUAUAGUUUAUGGUUAUUAUUUAAGUUAAA